AUGUCAGCGGACCCAGAGAAAGGCCGACAGAAAGACUCUCUAAAAGAAGCUCCAUGUCCGGCAUACCUGCCCCGCAGAGAGACGGUGAGUCAGCCAGAUGAUGCCCUGGGCCUGGAGGAACGGGGGGCAGAGGGCAGGUGGCACCUGCAGGGCGUGGAGAAGCUGGGAAAGCCCCUGUGGAUAGCCGACUGGCUCGCCGUGCAGCUCGUGGAAGGUUUCGGAAGGUGCUCUGGCCGCAUCGAGGUGUAUUUUGAAGGCGCGUGGUGCACCGUGUGUGACGACCAGUGGGACGAGAGCGAAGCCCAGGUGGUGUGCCGGCAGUUGGGCUGCGGGGCGGCCGUCUCCGCCCCUGGAGAGGCCCGCUUUGGCCAGGGCUCCGGCCCCAUCCUUCUGGACGAUGUGCAGUGUUCGGGGGCGGAGGCCUCCCUGGCGCAGUGCUCCCACGCCGGCUGGUUCACGCACAACUGUGAGCACAGGGAAGACGCUGGUGUCAUCUGCUCAGACCCUGAGAUCCUGACACCGUUUCCUGGUGACUGGCCGCAGUUGCAGCUGGUGAACGGGUCAGGCAGAUGUUCUGGGCGUGUGGAAGUCUUCUACCACGGCCAGUGGGGCAGGGUCUGUGAUGACCACUGGGACGUGAAGGACGCCCAGGUGGUGUGCCGGCAGCUGAGCUGCGGGCGCGCCCUCGAGGCCCCCGGGGAGGCCCACUUUGGGGACGGGGAAGGCGAGUUUCUGCUGGAUGAUGUGGACUGCACGGGCGGAGAGCGUUUUCUGGGCCAGUGUCCUCACGCCGACUGGUCCCUCCAUAACUGCGGUCCUGGAGAAGACGCCAGUGUCAUCUGCUCAGAAGCCCAGCCCGGGCUGAGACUGGUGGAUGGCCCAGGAAGAUGCUCUGGGCGGGUGGAGGUUUCCUACCAGGGCACCUGGGGGUCGGUGUGUGAUGACGGCUGGGGCCUGGAGGAGGCGCAGGUCGUGUGCAGACAGCUUGGGUGCGGCCUGGCAGUGUCCGCGCCCCCGGGCGCCCACUUCGGCCCAGGCCUUGGAAAGAUCCUCCUGGACAGUGUGCACUGCAGCGGCGAGGAGAGCCACCUGGCCCUGUGUGCCCACGACGCCUGGUUCACUCACAACUGUGGACACGAGGAGGAUGCCGGAGCCAUCUGCUCGGGUGAGGGGGCUUCGAGGGCCUGGAUGGCCGUGAGGCUGGUGGAUGGCACGGGGAGGUGCUCAGGCCGCGUGGAGGUUCUCGUCCAGGGCACGUGGGGGACCGUGUGUGACGACCUCUGGGACCUGGCCGAGGCCACCGUCGUGUGCCGCCAGCUGCAGUGUGGCCAGGCUGUGGCGGCCCCCAUGGGAGCACACUUUGGGGCAGGCUCUGGGAAGAUCGUGCUGGACGACGUGCAGUGUGUGGGCAGCGAGAGCCACCUGGGGCAGUGCGUGCCCAGGGGCGGGGCCGGGCACAACUGCGGGCACCUGGAGGACGCCAGCGUCGUCUGUGCAGCCACCAUACCCACAACGAGCCCUCCCAGGUCGCUUUUCCUUAAUGUCACCCCAGGUGCCUGGAUGGCCGUGAGACUGGUGGAUGGCACGGGGAGGUGCUCAGGCCGCGUGGAGGUUCUCGUCCAGGGCACGUGGGGGACCGUGUGUGACGACCUCUGGGACCUGGCCGAGGCCACCGUCGUGUGCCGCCAGCUGCAGUGUGGCCAGGCCGUGGCGGCCCCCACGGGAGCACACUUUGGGGCAGGCUCUGGGAAGAUCGUGCUGGACGACGUGCAGUGUAUGGGCAGCGAGAGCCACCUGGGGCAGUGCGUGCCCAGGGGCGGGGCCGGGCACAACUGCGGGCACCUGGAGGACGCCAGCGUCGUCUGUGCAGGUGCUGAUGGUUCAACAGGCCCAGCUCCAACCACAGAGCCUGAAGCCGCCACCCCUCCGUACGCACUGUCCGGUCACCCCUUGGCUGCCAUGGCAGGGACGGUGGCUGCAGCGAGGUCCUUGGGGAGGGCCUGCUCCGGCACCCAUCUCACCUUCGUGUCCGCUUCCAACUGCAUGACUGUCGUGUAUUUCCGAAGCUCCAACAACACAGGGGAAAACUUCAUUGCUUAUUAUCUUUCUGAAACCAAAGGGCACCAGCUGGAGCUGCGGCUGGUGGGCGGCUCAGGACGCUGCUCAGGACGCGUGGAGGUCCUGCACCAGGGGGCCUGGGGCACCGUGUGCGACGACCUGUGGGACCUGAACGAAGCCGAGGUCGUGUGCCGGCAGCUGGGGUGCGGGCGGGCCGUGUCCGCCCUCGGGAAGGCUUACUUCGGCCCGGGCUCCGGCAACAUCCUCCUGGACAACCUGCAGUGUGCAGGGGUGGAGCGGCACCUGGGCCAGUGCGCCCACUCGGGCUGGUCAGAGCACAACUGCGGCCACCACGAGGACGCGGGGGUCAUCUGCUCAGGUAUCCUCUCCCUCUUCCAAGAGUCAUCGCCCGUCCCAAAGUGCCCCAGGACCACCCUGCUGGAGGCCACUCCAGUGGCAUAUGGAGGUUCCCAGCUGCGGCUGGUGGGCGGCUCAGGACGCUGCUCAGGACGCGUGGAGGUCCUGCACCAGGGGGCCUGGGGCACCGUGUGCGACGACCUGUGGGACCUGAACGAAGCCGAGGUCGUGUGCCGGCAGCUGGGGUGCGGGCGGGCCGUGUCCGCCCUCGGGAAGGCUUACUUCGGCCCGGGCUUUGGCGACAUCCUCCUGGACAACCUGCAGUGCGCAGGGGUGGAGCGGCACCUGGGCCAGUGCGCCCACUCGGGCUGGUCAGAGCACAACUGCGGCCACCACGAGGACGCGGGGGUCAUCUGCUCAGGUAUCCCCCUCCCCCGCCAGGCACUGAGGCUGGUGGGCGGCUCAGGAUGGUGCUCAGGACGUGUGCAGGUCCUGCACCAGGGGGCCUGGGGCACCGUGUGUGAUGACCUGUGGGACCUGAACGAAGCCGCGGUCGUGUGCCGGCAGCUGGGGUGCGGGCGGGCCGUGUCCGCCCUCGGGAAGGCCCACUUCGGCCUGGGCUCUGGCGACAUCCUCCUGGACAACAUCCAGUGUUCUGGAAGUGAGAGCCACCUUGGCCAGUGCCCAAGCUCUGGCUGGUCAGAGCACAAUUGUGGUCACCAUGAGGAUGCUGGCGUCAUCUGCUCAGGAGGAAGUAACUCUUGUGGGGGCGUCAUUUCGAGUGUGUCAGGCUCCUUCUCCAGUCCCUGGUAUCCGAAGAACUACCCCACUGACGUGGAGUGUGUCUGGGUGAUUCGCAUGGCAGAGGAGCUCCGCGUAGAGCUGACGAUCCCCAGCCUGAAGUUGGAGGACAUCUCUGGGUGCCCUUACGACUUCAUUGAGGUGUUCGAUGGACGGCCGGCUGCCACGCUCUCCAUGGGCAGGUUUUGUGCUGGGGCGGAGCUCACCUUCCACUCCUCUUCAAACAUCCUGACCACAGUGUUCAGAAGCGACCCCAUGGUCACCAACACGGGGUUCUACGCUCUGUACAGCGCCGUUCAGCAGGGCGCGUCCCUGAGGCUGGGGAACGGCAGUCACCGGUGUGAGGGCCGGGUGGAGGUCUUCUACAACGGCACGUGGGGCACUGUGUGCGAUGACAGCUGGGACCUGGUGGACGCCGGGGUGGUGUGCCGGCAGCUCGGCUGUGGCGAGGCCUUGUCGGCUCCAGCCCAGAGCUACUUCGACGGAGGCACCGGCCACAUCACGCUGGACGACGUGCAGUGCACGGGGAAUGAAACCAAGGUGUGGCAGUGCCCGCACAAUGGCUGGUUCUCCCACAACUGCGGGCACCACGAGGACGCCAGCGUCAUCUGCUCAGAUGAAAAUUUCCAUUGUGGUGGUUUGCUCACGAAUAAUUCGGGCUCUUUCUCCAGCCCAUGGUAUCCUAAAAAGUACCCCACCGACGUGGUGUGUGUCUGGGACAUCCAAGUGGAGAGCAGGGCUCGUGUCAGACUCACCUUUGAAGUGGUGAAGAUGGAAAACUUCUACGGCUGCCCCUACGACUUCAUUGAAAUCUUCGAUGGCCCACAGAACGAAUCUUUUUCACUGGGGAAGUUCUGCUCCGGUACAACCCCUAUGUUUACCUCCUCGGCCAACCGCCUGACAGUCGUCUUCCACAGCGACGCCAUCGUCACCAACGUCGGCUUUUAUGCAUCCUACGAGUCUCUCGCGCAGGGCGAGAACAGCACUGACGUGGCGCUCAGGCUGGCCAACGGCAGCCACCCGUGCGAGGGCCGCGUGGAGCUGCACUUCAACGGCAGCUGGGGGACGGUGUGUGACGAUGGCUGGGACCUGCGGGAUGCCGAGGUGGUGUGUAGGCAGCUGGCCUGUGGCGGGGCUGUCGCGGCCCCCAAGAGGGCGAGAUUCGGCCGAGGCCUGGGCCCCAUUGCCUUGGAUGAUGUGGAUUGCGUGGGGACCGAAGCCAGGCUGUGGCAGUGCCUGCACGGUGGCUGGUUCUCUCACAACUGCGGCCACCACGAGGAUGCCAGCGUCGUCUGCUCAGACCCGCCCCUGCGCCUGGUGGGCGGGCGCAGCCGCUGCGAGGGCCGGGUCGAGGUCCGGCGCCAGGACGUGUGGGGCACCGUGUGCGACGACCACUGGAACAUCAAGAACGCGCGCGUCGUGUGCCGAGUCCUGGGCUGCGGGCGCGCGCUGAGCGCCCUGGGCCGCGGCCGAUUUGGUCCGGGCUCGGGGCCCAUCCUGCUGGACAACGUGCGCUGCGCGGGCACCGAGGAUGCGCUGGGACACUGCGCCCACUCGGGCUGGGCGCAGCACGACUGCUCCCACGAGGAGGACGCGGGCGUGGUCUGCGCAGGUCCAGCCAUUCCUCCUGCUGGCAGAGGCCCCUCUGUAAAUGGUCCAGCUGAGUCUGUUGUACCCAAAGACAAUGGUAAAGUCUUCUCCCCUCCUAGGGUGUGA